GGUCGCGUCUGGCAGCGGCGAGCCCAGAGGAGGCGGAGCCAAGGGAUCUCCUGAGUCUUUUCCUUCCUUGGCAGCUACAGCAGCCUUGUGGCAAGUAUCCAGUCAUCAUCCAGACUUCACUUGAAGAAGUAACGGUGACUUACCAACGUUCCAACACCUCUCUUAGUGACGGUCAUGGGAUGUGCCUGGCGCGGAUGAGUGCCUCGUGUUACCGCGUUGUGGUGCUGGUGGUGGUGGUCGUGGGGUGUGUCACCGCGAGCCCCCUGCAGCAAACGUCCCCCGAGGAAGCCUGUCCGCGUAAUUCCUGUCAGCAUCGCAAUGACACAAGCUUUAUUAAAGACCCGUGUUACUGUGACGCCCUCUGCAACACUUACGCCGACUGCUGCUACGACUCGGAGUUUAGAGACGCGAGUCUGCAGAAACGUGACGAGGGCAGUGGCUUGAGGUGUGUUUCUGCAGCAGAUGAUGAAGUGUACGCGAAAGCCACAUGUGGGGAGGGGUGGAGUGACGUGGAGGUGGAGGAGUUAUGUGUGGGCGGGGGCGUGCACACAGACCCCAUCUCUCGCUUGCUCGUCACCAGCACCACCACAGGGCACACGUACCUGAACUAUCACUGCGCCAUCUGUAACGACGACAUCCAAAGCCUUCGCAUGUGGACGGCCAGCCUGGAGUGUGGCCUGCCCCAGCACGCCAGAGUUGACGAGAAGGACCUCGUCUUCCGGAACGACACUUGGGGCGUCUUGUGGGGAGAGGCAGAGUCCCGGGAGCAUCACCCGUGCUCUGUGACCUCGAAGAUGCCCCGCGAUAUCAUGAAUCUGACGAGGAGAUGCUCCAACGCAGUCAGCACGUGCAGCGAGGACUGGCAGGACGAGGAGGUGGCGGCACAGUGCCACGCCUACACUGCAGUGGUGUAUAGCAGCUCUAACCGCUACAGGAAUCCUCACUGUGCCAUUUGCAACAAAAUAGGAAACUAUAAUUGCCUAACGCAGGAGGUAUUCAUCAGGUUUCCCAAGCCCUUUGCCCUGCUGUUUGACUUCACGGACCCCAGCAGAGGCAACUUGGUGGGCUCCUCGUCCCCGUGCAAUACCACACAUGUUUGGGAUCUUUUCUUCAAGCGGUGCAGGAGCAUCGUGUGUCCCAAACCCAACCAAGACUACAAGUACGGCAGGUGUGUGACCUUGGGCGAUGCCAGCUCCAAGGAAGGAAAUGAGCCCACCGCCACGCCUACCACUGCCACCGACGACGUUGCCGCUGCUGCUAAUAGCAGCAACGAAAUUAAUAGCAGUGACAUCAUCAACAGUACAACCACCAUCCCCACCAACACCACCGAUAAUACUGCGAGCGUCAACACCAGCAGCAACCUCACCACCACCACCAACGCCCCAGAGGAGCCCAACACAACACAUUCCCCUGGAAGUGACCUCAAUAUUGUCUUCCCCGAGGAGCUGAUAAAGGCUCCCACCACGCCCCUGCAGGACGAUCCUCCCACCACGCCCCUGCAGGACGAUCCUCCCACCACGCCCCUGCAGGACGAUCCUCCCACCACACCCCUGCAGGACGAUCCUCCCACCACGCCCCUGCAGGACGAUCCUCCCACCACGUCCCUGCAGGACGAUCCUCCCACCACGCCCCUGCAGGACGAUCCUCCCACCACGCCCCUGCUGGACGAUCCUCCCACCACGCCCCUGCAGGACGAUCCUUCCACCACGCCCCUGCAGGAUGAUUCUCCCACCGCGCAGGUCCCCACCACGCCCGAGAACCCUAUUAUCUUCCCCAAGGAUCCUCCCACCACCGCCCCACAAGAUCCUUCCAUGGAUGCCUCUACCCCCGCCUUCUCCACCGCCACGCUCUUCCCCGACACUCCGGCCCCUGAAGCUGAUGUCUUCACCAACGACAGUAAAGAAUUCUUCGAGUGUAUACUAGUGCUUCUUGAGGAAGGGGAGUUUGAUGAGUUUCCCAACGGCACCGUGCACGUGGCAGCGUACGGUCGCACCUACACCCCUGGAGAAUACCUGAAGCACGGUGAUGGCCUGUUGGUGUGUCUUAUGGAGGAAAUCGCCACCGAUACACGUAAAUUUUCCGAUGCCCUAGGGUGGGUGUCACUGAUUGGCCUGAGCCUGUCCUGCGCGUGUCUGCUGCUCCAUCUGGCUGCCUUCGCUCUCUUGCCGGAGCUGAGGAACCAUUCUGGCAGGAACCUCGCGUCGUUGUGCCUGGCGCUGCUGGCUGCCUACAUCACCCUGCUGGUCAACAUGAUGGUGGAGGCAAAGGGUGCUGGCUGCACCACUCUGGCUGCGGCCAUGUAUUAUUUUUUCGUGACUUCCUUCACCUGGAUGAACGUGAUCGCCUUUGACGUGUGGUACACCUUUCGCCUGACUCAGCGGCAGCUGCGGGUGUCGAGCGGCGCCCAGUGGCACAGGUUCAUUGCCUAUUCCCUGUACAGCUGGCUGUUGCCUGGCGCCGCCACGCUGGUCCUGGUGCUGGUGGACCAGCUGGAGCCAAGUGGCUUACAGAAAGAGCUCCUGCCACGCCUGGCAGAGACGUGGUGCUGGUUCAAUCACCGCAAGGCGCUGCUGGCAUUCUUCGCGGCGCCCAUGAUGAUCCUCAUCGUGAUGAACUUUGUCUUCUUCGUCAGCACCGCCGUCAUCAUCACGCAGACCGGCAGCACGGCGGCGGCUUCCUCUGCUCGGGGCAACAAUCCCCGGCGCCAGUACACGAUGUACCUGAGGCUGGCGGUGCUGAUGGGCUUCACUUGGGUGAGCGGCAUCGCGGCGGGCUACCUGGACCUGGAGGCGCUGUGGUACGUGUUCGUGCUGCUCAACACGCUGCAGGGCGUCUUCAUCUUCCUGGCCUUCACCUUCAGGACCAGGGUGUGGCAGGGCAUGGGCGUCACAUUAACCAAAGUGGUGCGGCGAGGACUGUCCAAAGUGACCCGCCGGCAACCGCCGCCUGACAUCGGAGGCUUGGAGUUGAGCCACACGCCCGAGACCACAUCCGCCUUCUGUUCCACGCCCAUCACCUCCCUUGAGGCCUAAUGAUGCGGCAGCACCUCAGUCCGCCAGACCAGGGGGGUGCCGCUGCGGGGAUGAUAACAGGGCGGCUCAGAGGUGCCGACACGAGGCCUCCCAUUCACCGCCAGGCUGGUGCUCAUUUUGCCAAAUACUUUGUAAUUAUGUAACCUAUAAUACGUAGUAUCUAUUUUUUUAUCUUAUAAAUGUAUAAUUGUAAAUAACUAGUCUCACUAAUCAUGCAAAUUUCAUUUAGAUGUUUCAUGUAUACUCCAACAAAAUGCUUCACUAUCUACUCCAUAGAUUCUUCAAGACCUAAUAAAUGAGAAUCGUGACUC